AUGACGCACAACAACAACAGCAACAACAACAACGCUCCUUAUCUGGCGACCACCUCCCAGCCAGUUGCCAUCCCCCUCGCCCCCGUCCCGGCUCCGACCUAUCCCACCCGUUUCGGCGUAUCCCCCACCCACGACGGCGUCUACUACCCCGAGGACGACGAGAGCGGGGGCAGCUUUCCGCCCGCCAUCAAGGCCCGCCUCGACGCCGCGGCUCCCAACCACCCAACGGCCUCGCCUCAGGCGCAUGACGGGGUUGUGUACCCGGGUCAAGAGGCCGCCGACGAGCCCACGGUCGAGCACCACUCUGAACCUGCCCACCUCACGGCUGAUGCCCAGCCGGGCCUCCACAAGAAGGGUCACCAUGAGCCUACCCGUGACGGCGGCGUGGGCGGAGCAGGCGACGAGCACAGCCACACCGGCCAGGGCCACGACAGUGUCCACUACAUCGAGGGCGAGCGCGGCUGCAACUUUGCUCCCAAGGUCUAG